AUGCGGCUGCUCACGCUCCUCACCACAGCGCUCCUCAGCGCGGCCACCGGCGCGCUCGCCGCCAAGAAGACGUCGGAAGAGCGGUUCCAGCUGUACCACAGCAAAGCGCUCUCUACCAGCCCCGUGAAGCUGAGCGAGGCGUCGUACCGGGAGCUGACGGCGACCCCGCGCGACUAUAGCGUGGCGGUGCUGCUGACGGCGAUGGACGCGCGGUACGGGUGCCAGCUGUGCCGCGAGUUCCAGCCCGAGUGGGAGCUGCUGGCGCGCAGCUGGACGGGUGGUGAUCGUAAGGGCGACUCGCGCGUCGUGUUUGGGACGCUGGAUUUUGGGGAUGGGAGGGAUGUCUUUAUGAGUCUCGGUCUGCAAACGGCGCCGGUGCUGUUCUUUUUCCCGCCCACGACCGGCCCUCACGCUCCGGCCUCGCCGGAACCGGUUCGAUAUGACUUUACCGGGGGAGCUCAAGCGGCCGAGGUUGUGCACAGCUGGGUUGCGCGGUACCUGCCGGACCGCCCUCACCCGCCCAUCAAGCGGCCGAUCAACUGGAUGCGGUGGAUCUCAACCUUCGUCAUUCUCUCGGGCGGCCUGACCUUCUCCUACGUCGCCUGGCCCUACGUGCUCCCCGUCAUCCAGAGCCGCACCGUCUGGGCGGCCAUUACUCUGAUCUCGAUCCUUCUGUUCACCAGCGGCCACAUGUUCAACCACAUCAGGAACGUCCCGUACGUCGCCGGCGACGGCCGCGGGGGCAUUAGCUAUUUUGCGAACGGCUUUCAGAACCAGUAUGGUCUUGAGACGCAGAUUGUGGCUGCCAUGUAUGGUAUACUUGCGCUUUCCAGCAUUUCCUUGGCUAUCAAAGUGCCUCGGAUGACCGACCCCAGGAACCAGGGCAUUGCCUUCCUCGCCUGGUUCGGUAUCCUCUUCGUUGUGUAUAGCCUCCUCCUGAGCAUCUUCCGGGGCAAGAACCCCGGCUACACUUUCUCCCUGCCGCCUUUCAUGUAA